CAUUCAGAGCAAAACCAUAUAUUUCUUCGUAUCUCACUCCCUCAAACACAACACCACGCAGAAUCUUCAGAAAACAAAACUAGGGUUUCGAAAUCGCGGUUAUGGCGUUUUACGGUCGCGUCAAAUCUGGGAUCUCUCUAUGCAACAAGUUAGGGCUUCUUUCUUCUCAGAGAUCUACUCUUCAACGCUCCCUCAUUGCGCCUUCAAUUUCCCAGGCCUCCAGAAAUUUUGCUGAUGUGCCGGGGCAAAAGGAAACCAAAAUUAAGGUCCCCAUUGCAAUGUUUGGAGGUUCAGGAAACUAUGCCUCUGCUUUGUAUAUUGCAGCAGUGAAAGUUAAUGCAGUCGAAAAGGUUGACUCUGAGCUUAUUCAGUUUGUUGAGGGAGUAAAGGGUAGUCCCAUAACCUCACAAUUUAUAAAGGAUAUAUCUGUGGCCAAGGAUGUUAGAGUAAAAGUCAUCCAGGAUAUUGCUAGCCAAGCUAAGUUCUCUGAUGUGACAAAGAACUUCCUUGUUCUCCUUGCUGAGAAUGGCAGACUUAAAAACGUAGAUACCAUCGCAAAGAGGUUUGCAGAGUUGGCAAUGGCAUAUAAGGGAGAAGUGAAAGCAACCGUGACUACUGUCAUUGCCCUUCCCCCUGAGGAGGAGAAUGCAUUGAAGCAGACUGUUCAGGAAAUGCUAGGUUCCGGGGCAAAGGUUAAGCUUGAACAGAAGAUUGAUCCAAGCAUACUUGGUGGUCUAGUGCUGGAGUUCAGCCAAAAAGUCUUUGACAUGUCUAUAAAGACUAGGGCACAACAGAUGGAGAGGAUCCUCCGCGAACCGGCAAACUAUUCCAUUUAGAAGACAACAAUUUUCUCCUGACAGUCUGCAUCUUCAUCAUCGUUUGAUGAAAGAAAUGUUACAUUAUUGAUUAAUAUAAAAUUGUUUGAAUAUGGAUUUAUUUGGGAUGGAAUAUGCGCCAUCAUUUUGCAAAUAAAAAGACACAUUUUCUAAGUUUUUGUUAUACUUAGUUGUUGUUUCA